CCGGAGCUGCCACUGCUCUCAUGAAGGCAAAGCGUCUGUUGUUCCGGUUCAGACUUUCUGUGGCGGCUGUCUGCUUCUCAGGCGAGCAGCUCCUGGUGUUGGGGACGUUUUCCACUCUGUCUCCAGCCUCUCUUUAUCUCCAUGAUCUGAGCGUCUUCUGAGUGUUGAUGGGCAGGAGGAAGAUGACAGUUGUGGGCACAAAGUUUGCAAUAUGACAUGUCAGAGAGGAGGGGACAAUGCCAUUAUGAGUGGGCCUACCUCAGGCCCUGGAAGAAAGAGUCUUCAUUCCACCUGCCCUCUGACCCCCACCCGUGACCCGUCCACCCACUCAGGCCCCUCCAGGCGGCACAGCCACAAGGUCGACCUAACGAUGUCUGCAGCAGCUUCCUCCCUCAAGCACACGUCCGUCUAUGGAUUUGCACAGAUGGACUCCUCCUCAACGUUACCGUCUUCUUCCUACAGCCCUCUGAGGAGGCUGCAGCAUCUCACCACCAUGGUGAGCCAGUCGGACUUGGUCCUGCCUCUGAAGGAGCCGGAGAGUGCCUGGAAGUGGGGGGCUCAGAAGAGUGAUAGGAUGGAGGGGGACAAGAACUCCUGGUCUGAUUGCAGAAAGUUUUCUGGCUCCCAGACGAUGAGCAGAGAGGAGACACCUGCUCAGUCUGCUUAUGGACAAAAGCAAGCGGAGGUUCAAAAGGGAAGAUCUGAAUCAGACUCUGUACGUUUUACAGAUUCUGCGACGGACGAGAAGAGGACUGAAGGUUGUUUCUCGGGCCCACCGAGUCCAGCCUUCUCUCUGGACAGUAACAGCCCCUUUGCAAAUGGUUUGCUCCACUUUGAGUCUUCUUUAUUUGAGGAUGAAGAGAACGAUGAAGAGCAAGGGACUACAUCUCCCAUUGGAGGUUUGAGGGACAAAGAGCAGGGGACGGAGAAUGCCUCUGAGUCCUCUCCAAGGAAACUGAGUUCAAACUCCAAGGAAGCGGCUCUCCCCUCAGCGAAAGUGGUCACCCGCUCCCAGUCGUCUGGUCUACGCAGAAGAUACUGGGACGGCUCAGAAGAUGAGUGGUACAGCGACUCUGAGCUGUUCCUGUUCGAUGACAGCUCCUCAAAGCAAUCAGUGCAGCCAAACAGCCUGAAGAAAAACUCUUUGCCGCCUCUGAAGUUUGUCGAGGACGAAGUGGUUUGGGCAAAGUUCAACCGAAGACCAUGGUGGCCGUGUGAGGUGCUUGUUGACCCCGCACAGGGAGUCUACCACAAAGUGAAAGAACCCAGUGACCGGCCUUGUCGGCUUUACCACGUCAGGACCUUCGGGCAGCCAGAAGAGCAGGUCUGGGUCGAGGACAAAUCAAUCCACACGUUCCAUGGAGGAUUUGAAUUUGAAAGACUUCUUCUUCUGCGCCGGAGAGGGAAACAAAGGGUGCAGAACAACAAGUGCACUAUCGCAAAGCGUUUCCAGGAAUCGUGGAAGUUCAGCGUGGCAGAGGCUGAAGCUGUUUUGCCUGCUCGACCAAAAAUGGCCUCGAUAUCUUUUUCCAUGGAUGACCUGUGCCAGUUCAGCUCCCCACCGGAGACCGAAAAGAAAAGUCAGCCAACUUUGACUCCUUUCACUUUACCUGCCUGCACUCUUUCUGAAACAUCGCACUUAACUAAUGGAUCCCUUUCCUCCCCGAUUACACCUGCUGAAAAGCCAAGUACUUUAGGUAAAUCCUCCAGCAAGAAGAAAAGCAAAUCCUCAAAGGACCCCAACAGUAAACAUGUUAAAAAGACACUGCACAAUAGCCCUAAAGACACAGACAGAAACAAUGAAGAAUGUCCAUACUCAGACCUUGAGUCAGUCCCUAAAAUUUUGUGUCCUAAAGCACUUGAACGUCAAACGAACUCAGUUCCCUCCCAGCCGUCUGUCAUGGUGGCCAAAGAGCUGAAGAAACAGCCGGAGGUUCAAAGUGGUCUUUGGUUCAGCAAAUCAGGCAAAGACAGACGACCUAAGACUACCAGUCCCAUGCCGGACCGCUCUCUCUUCAGUAAGCUGCCCUCUAAGAAAAAGAACUCAUCUACUGUUUGUAAAAAGACCCUCAUUACUACCCCUUCCUAUGUUAGUGGGUCUGGAGACUCUGCACCACUUUUAGAUAAGAAUAAACCAGCAGAAACCAGUCUGGUACCCCGAAAAACUAGCUCCUUGAAUUGUACGAAUAAUCAGGCUGGUAUUAAAACGUCUGAUUCAGUUGAAGCUUUUGUGGAUCAGCCUGACUUGUUGGACAGAGAGAAGAACCUGCUUUCAGUUGAAGUAGUGUGUUUAAAGGCUAGACCGUCAGCCAGUAAGUCAACUGAUUCUGUUUCAGAGCCGCCAUCCAGCAAGAGGGAAAGCAAAGAUGAUAAAAGAGAUUCAGAGCUCUCAAAGAAUGUCGAUUUUGAUGGUCAAUCGAGCCUAUUUAAGAAUAAAAAGAAUGUCAGUGAAACGAAAAAUUCAGUCAAGAUUGCUACUAAACCAGUGAAUGACACUAUUUUUGACCAAGAAAAGAAAACUGACAAGACUAUCAAGUUGUGUUUACAAUCUAAAUCCAAUGACUCAUUAUCAAUCCUGGAGAAGCAAACAAGUUUAGUCUCAAAGUGCAGGUUGCCCUAUGUAAAAUUGAUCCGCAAGGAGAUAAAGGAUAGGAGGUAUUUAAACUCAAGCGGGACUGUUUUUACCGCUGGCACGGUUGUGUGCAAAGAGAAAGAAAAGGAACCCAAUGGGACGAAAACUUGUCAAUCCCAACAGAAAGACAGUAGAACAAGUGCCUCCAAAGAUCACAGCGUGGCUGAGCCUGAAAAGGGCUCUGUAAAGAAAGUCAAAACCAUUGAUAGGUCUGGUAAGCUUCAUCUCUCCACAGACCAGUCACUUGGGAAUAGGACUGAGGUUUCUAGUGUGUCUGCUGUAGACCUGGGUUCUAAAUUAGUAGAAGAAGCUGUUUUAAAUUCAAAAACAAGAAAAGAGACUCAGUCAACUUCCAAACAAACACACCUUCCAGAAAGCAAGAAUAACCCUGGUUCUGCUGUGCCAAACAAGUCCUCUGAGCAGGAAAAGGGUUCAGAAGAACAUAUUUCAUCCAUCUCAGCAUCUACUGCAAAUGCGCUGCCGGGUCUCUGUGAAGAGGAGCCCUUGUGUGAGGAUUACCGUACACCUGAAAGCUUUUGUUCCGGGAAACCCAAAAAAGUUUCUAAGAAAUCUAAACGUGUUCGAGAAGUGAAUGAAGUCCUAAAAGCGCAACCCGCUCACCUCCCAGCCAGCAAUCGGCUGAUGACGAGAGCGCUGAGGGCCAUGUGCGAUCCUACAAAACAGGACAUAGUUGGAAAGAAAGCUGAACAAAAACAGAUCCUCAAAUCUUUCAGAAAGACUAAUCAUGUUAGGAAGAAUCAUAAAACCAAACUGGAGUUUUAUACGAAAAUAAAAGCUUUGAAAUCCCACCAUCCUGACAAAAGCGAAUGUGAUCAGGGCAAAAUUUCUAGUAGUAGCUCCCCCUCUCUAAUGUUUUCCGAUUCCAGUGACUUUGAGGAUGUCAAGAGUGAAGAUGAAGACCUUUCAAUAUCCUCAACUCCACCGAUGGACUUCAUACCGCUUACUUCAAAAGUCAAAACAAAGCACGAAGGUCAAUCCUCAGACAUAUACUCGCCAUCUCCUCCAUCGCCGUUUUCCUUUCUCAGAGCUUUCAAAAACGUGGAGGAGGUUUCCUUCCAGUCACUUGGGGCUGACAGAGGUGGUAAGCCCAUUUCUUUCAAGCCAAAGCCAAACUGCAGGUUCAGCACAUUUCUCAUGAUGUUGAAGGACUUGCAUGACACCAGGGAGCGUGAUGGAGCGCCACUAGAGCUGGAGAUCGGACCACCGAGCGCACAUGUUAAGAAGGAGCCGUUGGUGAUGCCAGGAGAAGCUGCAUCUGCAGGAGGGGAUCAAGAGACUACAUGCGCUCUGACCGAUUCAAGUGCAAUCCCAGACAAAAGCGUAGAAGCCCUGAAUGAAGGAGGUGCAAGUCAGACACCAAAGAAGUCCUCCAACCGAAGAACCAACUCUGGUUGGUUCAAAAGUAAACCCAACCGCAGGGCGCCUUGCUCUCCUGCCAAGUCUGGACCCGGUUUUCCAGGCCUGGAGUCUCUUUCAGAAAUGAUGCCGGCAGAGGACUCCUUGGAAGCCAUGGAGUGGUCAUCAAGAGUUGUGGACUUCCAGAGCAGCAGCUGGGAUGAGCCAGGUGGAGGGAGUGAUGCGGUUGGGGCAGAACAACAGGAGGAGAACCCAUGGAGCAUGGCAAAGCAGAAUCUAACAGCCCCGCUGCUUUUGGAGCAGAGAGAACGUGACACGGCGGAGGAACAGCCAGACUGCCUCGUUUCAGACUUCAUCAAGAGAGAUUCAAGCUUCGCGAACAUCUCUGGAGAAGACGACAAGGCGGUAGGAGCGCAUAAACGGGUAAGAAAACCCAGCAAGAGGCUGAUUGAAUGGACCGAAGAGUACGAGCAAAUUUUCGGCACGAGGAAGAAAACCAAAAAGCCUCUCCAGUUGAUUGGAAAGGCCAGUCCCACACCCGUUACCUCGGCACCAGAACCUCUGGACUCUGACAACAACACAAGCGACCGCCCCCCCUCGACUGCGCUCCCUGAAAUACAGACCCCGCCCCCUGAGGAAAUCGCUGCAACGACACCACCGGAACUACAAAUUCCCAGCAGCCAGCACACCAAACCCAGAGACACUCCGGUGCUGUCCACUGACACGCUGACACCCCCACCUGAGGUGGAGCCCCUGCUGUCAGAAGUGUCUCCUAAAGACAACAAGGAAGUAAGUCUGCCUGUGCUGGAAAAGAAGCGGAAGAGGAAACCCACUCAGAAGAUUCUGGAGUAUUGUCUGGAAGCAGAGGCUUCAACCGGCCCAAAGAAGAAGAUCAAAGGACUUAGAAAUAAUUCAAGUUCUACCGCUCAUUCAGAUUCUGCUCCACCACUAUUAAAACUGAAGAGUAAAGCAGCUUUGACCCCAACGCCAACCUCUGAGGUCACCCCCUGCCCACCCACACCCUCCAUUCAGAUCAAUCACAGAGCCGCUCUGCCCCCCCAUCCAGCUCCUUCUCCCCCUGAGCCCAGGCAGUUGGAGACAGCAAAGGCAGAUGCUCCUCCGGCUGAGGACCAGAACAUCCCAGAUGACCCUAAGGAUGUGUCAGAGGGAGAGGGCGACCAGUGCAGCCCGGACCACAGCUUUUCCUCUGCAAAGGACGACUUCGGACUCUGUGACGACUCGGUUUUACCGGCCAGGAAGAUCAUUGGGGACAGAGGUGGACCGGCGUCCAUGAAAGAAACCAUAUGUCAGGUGUGUGAGAAGACCGGGGAGCUGCUUCUCUGUGAGGGCCAGUGCUGUGGAGCCUUCCACUUGGCCUGCAUCUCUCUGGCCGACGCCCCCAAAGGGAAGUUUGUCUGUCCGGAGUGCAAGUCAGGCGUCCACACCUGCUUUGUGUGUAAGAAGCGAGGCGAGGACGUGCGCCGCUGCAUGAUUCCUGUGUGUGGGAAGUUUUACCACGGAGAGUGCAUCACAAACCACGCCCCAACCGCCCCCGUCAACCGAGGUUUCCGCUGCUCCAUCCACGUCUGCCUCACCUGCUUCAUCGCCAAUCCCAACAGCUCGUCCAUCUCUAAAGGCCGCCUGGUGCGAUGCGUGCGCUGCCCAGUGGCCUAUCAUGCCACAGACCUGUGCAUGGCGGCGGGCAGCGUUGUGCUCUCCAGCAACAGCAUCGUCUGCCCCAACCAUUUCACCCCUCGCCGGGGGGUCAAGAACCACGAGCACGUCAACGUCAGCUGGUGCUUUGUCUGCACAGAAGGGGGAAGCCUCCUGUGCUGCGAGUCCUGUCCUGCUGCAUUUCACCGGGAGUGUCUCAACAUCGAAAUGCCUAAAGGCAGCUGGUACUGCAACGACUGCAAGGCUGGGAAGAAACCACACUAUAAGGACAUCCUGUGGGUAAAGGUCGGACGCUACAGGUGGUGGCCUGCAGAGGUCAGCCAUCCCAAAACCAUCCCAGAGAACAUCCAGCGGAUGAGGCACGAUGUCGGCGAGUUUCCCGUUCACUUCUUCGGUUCCAACGACUACUUGUGGACCUACCAGGCGAGAGUCUUCCCCUACAUGGACGUGGACGCCAACAGCAAAGAAAAGAUGGGGAAAGGCGUUGACACCACCUACAAGAAAGCUUUGGAGGAGGCUGCUGUGCGAUUCCGUGAGCUGCAGGCAGAAAAGGAGCUCCGACAGCUUCAGGAGGACAGGAAGAACGACAGGAAACCGCCACCGUACAAACACAUAAAGGUGAACCGACCCAUAGGAAAGGUGCAGAUCUUCACUGCAGACCUGUCUGAGGUUCCACGCUGUAACUGCAAGGCAACAGACGAGAGUCCAUGUGGGUCGGACUCAGAAUGCAUCAACCGCAUGCUGCUGUACGAAUGCAACCCGCAGGUUUGCCCGGCGGGGGAAAAGUGCCUGAAUCAGGCCUUCACCAAGCGUCAAUACAGCCAGGUGGAGAUCUUCAGGACGCUGUCCCGAGGGUGGGGGCUCCGCUGUGUCCACGACAUCAAGAAGGGCCAGUUUGUCAGCGAGUACGUGGGGGAGGUGAUCGACGAGGAGGAGUGCAGGUCCAGGAUCAGACAUGCGCAGGAGAACGACAUCUGCAACUUCUACAUGUUAACUCUGGACAAGGACCGAAUCAUCGAUGCCGGUCCGAAGGGGAACGAGGCCCGUUUCAUGAACCACUGCUGUCAGCCAAACUGUGAGACCCAAAAAUGGACGGUGAACGGAGACACCCGGGUGGGGCUGUUCGCUCUCGUUGACGUCAAAGCAGGCACGGAGCUGACCUUCAACUACAACCUGGAGUGUCUGGGAAACGGGAAGACGGUGUGCAAAUGUGGAGCUCCGAACUGCAGCGGCUUCCUGGGUGUGAGGCCGAAGAACAACCCUCCCUCCGAUGAUAAAGGCCGUAAGAUGAAGAGGAGAGGCCACGGCAGGAGGAAGAAGAAGGUGGUGUUGGCCAAAGAGCGAGAAGACGAGUGUUUCAGCUGUGGAGAUGGAGGGCAGAUGGUUUCCUGCAAGAAACCUGGAUGUCCUAAAGUCUACCAUGCAGACUGCCUGAACCUCACCAAGAGGCCUGCCGGUCGGUGGGAGUGUCCGUGGCAUCAGUGCGACGUUUGCGGGAAGGAGGCGGCGUCCUUCUGCGAGAUGUGUCCCAGCUCGUACUGCUGCCAGCACCGCGACGGCCUGCUUUUCAUCUCCAAGCUGGACGGGAAGCUGUCCUGCAGCGAGCACGACCCCUGCGGGCCGGAGCCGCUGGAGCCGGGGGAGAUCCGCGAGUACAACCCCGCUCCCAGAGCCCUCACCUCGGGUCUGGGCAUGGCCGUCAUCCCCGCCGCCGCCGCUUCCAGCUCCGCCAGGAGCCUCCGCCAGACCGACAGGGGCGCCCACGAGGGGGGUGACGGAGGAGGCGCCGGCGAGCCUUUCCCUCCUUUCUCCAUCAAAGUCCCCAUCACCAUUCCAGUCGCUCCUCCCGCUGCUUCGCCCCCCCACACCGACACUCCCAGCAGCCCCUUCCACCUCCCGCACUACUCACCCAUCUCCUCCUACGAGGAGGAGAGGGAUGUCUUUGAGGAGGACGAAGAGGAGCUGCUGGAAGACUCCCACGAUGACGGAGAGGCGGUGAUGGAGGAGGAAGAGGAGGAGGAGGAAGGGCUGGACUACUUGGAGCUGGAAGAGGAGCAGGAGGAGGAUGAAGAUGAAGAAGAAUGAACAAACCAGUCACCACGGCGGAAAGGAUGACGCUGUUGUGGCGUGGAUGUUCAGAGAUUUUUUUCUCCAAAACUAAUUUAUUUAAACAGAUGAAUUGUGAAGCUUUUAAAUAAAAACAUAGUUAUUGAUAAACUGACAUAAAUAUAAACAAUCUUUUAUUUAUGCCGCUCCUAACCUUUCCUUGUUGCACUCGUGCAGCUGAAUCCUUGACGCUCGGAUUUUAGGCCUCAUUUUACUCAUUCAUGUCUGUGCGGAGGGUGGGGGUCAUCACCUGAACUCACCCCCCCUCCAGCUGAGUCCUCCACACUCGUGCUGAUGCUCUGAGCGGAGAGUCUGUGACUGCUGGGAAACUCCGCCCUCAUUUGUCUGGACUGUUUGAUCAUUUCACGCCAAAACGAGGAGAAGAGGAGGACUCCGUGUGGGUCAGAGUGGCAGUGGGCUCAGUGUGUGCGGUGCUGUAUGCUCCUUAUUUAUACGCUGUACUGUGACGCACAAUUUGUGACGAUGGCGAGCCGGCGCUCCUUCCUCGCACCUCCGUGGAGGAGGAGCAGAGUUUUGCACUGCGGUGUGUUUUUUUGUUUUGUUUUUGUUGUUGCUUGAAGCUCCAUGUUGUGUCUCCUGGAAUGUUUUAAGGGAACGAUCCAGCACCACACUUCCUCCCAAACGCAUUUUUACUGCCAGCCCGUCCCUCCAGUGUAACCCGGACAGCUCUGAAGAUCCGACCCAUUCAAAUAUCUCCUGUAAACGUGUGUGAGAAGAUGAAAACGAUGAAGAAGCACCUUGUAAUAGCAUCUGUUUUUAGAUGUGUCUGUCCGACAUGAAAUGACAUAACAAAACAUCCAAAAUAAAGUUAAAUAUGGAAAGAAA